GAGAAAUGAGCGCAUAAAGGCACACAACUGCACAUUUUCCUCACUGUGCAGCUGAAAGUCACCAUGGCAGUUCUGCAGCUCCUCUUCCUCACCUUCAUCACAGGUGUGUGUUCCCAGACACCGAAGGAUAUUUAUGUGAAGGCAGGAGAGAUGGUGACGCUGCACAGUGAAGUGUGUAAAGUGAAUGAUACUGCAACACUCUGGAAACAAGAAACUGACCAGAUCAUAUAUGUGUACAGCAACAUGUCUGCAGCUGAGCAGAAACGCAUGGGCGUGGUGCUUUAUAAGAACUGCCUCGUGAUUCUUAGAGCCUCCGGGAACCACACGGGGAAUUACUCGUGUCAUUAUCUCAGGUGAGAUCCAGACAGGCAUGGACUUGGAAAAGUAGAAUAUGGAGCAAAAGUCCUUUAAUUUCAAUAAUUCAGCUUAAACUGAGAGAUCGUCUAAAGGCUCAGGAACCCUUUGCAGAUGUUGAUCCCUUCAUAAUAUUCUAAUUGAAUUUUGAUGUGGGGUUUUCAUCAGCUGUAAGCCAUAAUCAUCACAAUUUUAGCAAAUAAAGUCUUUAAACCCUAACUCUCUCAUGUAUUAGUUUUACCCUUUAAACUGAAUUACUGGAAAAAAAAAGAACUUUUGCUCCACAUUCUAAUUUUUCAAGUUUCAUCUGUCUUUGAACAACCUUCAUUUAGAGAAAUAGAGAUUUGCUUUGAUGAGACUCAUGAGACAUAGUCACAUCAUGGGUAGUCACAGUGGACAGUUUAAAAAUGGGUUGCUGUUGUCCAAAACAACUCAAAUAUA